UGGUCAACGCGUGUCAUCGCAUAAUCAGCUGUUGCCUGACAACAGCCGAAAAUCGAACGGCGCAAAAAGCAAAUUAACAAUAAUAGAAAAAGAAGAACGAAGAAAACAACAAUCAUAUUAAUUUGUUUAAAUGUUGUUUAAUUAAGGCGUUUUCCAUUUUGCAGCCACAACGACGAGAGCAACAUUUUGAGUCCAUUCAAUUUAUGUGACUACAACAGUGAUUGCGGUGACUUCAAUCCUGGAACAGGCUCCUCUCUUUCUCUCUCCCAAUCCUGCUACACACACUACGGCUGCCCCAGUGAGAUGAAUGGACAACAUCCAUUGCCACCGCCGCCAAAUGGUGGCGCCUAUACGGGUGCCAGUCGCAUACCGAGGGGAGCGGCAAGGCCGCGUCAAGGUCUCUCGCCGCGGAUCAAUCACUCGUUUGUGCCCGUGUUCCAUGAACGCUCCAACAAUGAGGAUAACGCCGUAUUGACCGAUAAUCUAUGGAAGCUGGCACGCAAGACGGGCAAUCUGAACUUGGCCAACAAGGGCAUGGCACGCGUUCCCGAGCGUUUGUACGACAUCAACGACGCGGAUGAGGACAGCAAGAAGGCCAAUUUGCAGCAGUUGUCGCUGAACGAGGAGGAUGCCUGGUGGAAUCAAAUGCCCAUCAAUAAUCUCGACUUGAGUUCCAAUGCCUUGACGCAUGUUUCGCCCAAAAUUGAGAACUUGUUAACUCUCACUGUGUUGCAAUUGCAUGACAAUGCUUUGGUUGCCCUUCCUCCAGAGAUUGGAAAGCUUGAGAAAUUGGUGCGCUUGAAUCUAAGCCACAACAAGCUGGAUGAGUUGCCAGCUGAGCUCUUCAGUUUGCCAGAGUUGCGCCAUUUGAACAUCUCCCAUAAUGAGUUUGUCGAACUCAAUCCCGACAUAAGUAAUCUACACAUGCUCGAGUUCCUGGAUGCUGGUAACAAUAACAUUAAGAGUUUGCCCGGCGGCAUUGGUUUCCUGGUGCGUCUAACAGCGCUUUUGUUGCCCAAUAAUCACAUCGUGGAACUGCCACCAGAUAUUGUCAAUAUGCGCUCAUUGCAGAAGUUGGAUCUGAUGAAGAAUGAUCUGAUUGCGUUGCCAGAGGACAUGGGUUUGUUGAGAAAGCUGGAGUGUCUGUAUGUUCAGCAUAAUGACAUCAAGGAGCUGCCCAGCUUUGAAGGCAAUGAGACCCUGAAUGAGCUCCAUGCCAGCAACAACUUUAUAGAGCGCGUGCCAAAGGAUCUUUGCAGCAACUUGCCGCAUCUAAAGAUAUUUGAUCUGCGUGACAAUAAGAUAACACAACUGCCGGAUGAGGUGUGUUUGCUGCGCAAUCUAAAUCGCUUGGAUGUUUCCAACAAUUCCAUCAGUGUGCUGCCCACAACUCUAUCAUCUUUGGCGCACUUGAUAAGCCUGCAAGUCGAUGGUAAUCCCAUCAAGACAAUUCGACGCGAUAUUUUACAAUGCGGCACAGCGCGGAUUUUGAAAACGUUGCAAGAACGCGCACAGGCAAAGGAUCGGGAGACUGGAGGUGCCGAUGCCAUGAGUUGUGGAAAUGUUGGAGCUGCUGGGCAGUCGACAGAUGAUAUGACCGCUGGCAGUGUGGAUAAUAGCUAUCCGCGACAACAUGUGGAGCCUGUGCAGGCGCAGUACAUGCAAUAUCAGUAUCAGACUCAACAACAACAGUUCAUGCCACAGCCGGAGCAGUGUCGUAUCUAUUAUGCUCAAUAUAAUCCUCAACCGCAAAUGAGAUCACAGUUCAUGCCAGUGCCACAAUAUGAGCAGGACGAACGUUACAAUCACUACCUGCCACAAGUCCAACAAUUGCCCUAUGGAAACUCCUUUCAACAUCUCCCACACAUGUCCAACAACUUGCCACAGCAACAACAACAUCAGCAGCAGCCAGACUACGUUAACUUUUCACGUUGUGCCGUUCAACCGCGUUGGGUAUACAAACUGCGUCAUACACGCACAUUAGCUGUGAAUUUAGAGGGUCUCACCAAUGUGCCGGACCACGUAUUUGAGCUCGCUGCUGCCGAACAGGUGCAUGUGGUGGACUUUGCACGCAAUCAGCUAAGGGCUCUGCCCAACGGUUUGCAGCACAUGUCGAAGCUGGUAACGGAGCUGGUCUUGUCCCACAAUGCCAUUAGCCAAGUGCAUCCUUUCAUCUCGCAGUUCACACGCAUCGCACAUCUUAAUCUGUCCAACAAUUUGCUCACGGACUUGCCCCUUGAGUUUCGCGUUCUGAACACGCUGCGUGAAUUAAAUGUUGCCAACAAUCGCUUCACAUUCAUACCAAAGGCGUUGUAUGAAUUGCAGGGACUCGAGAUCUUGGUUGCCAGCGAAAAUCGCAUCAAGGCCUUGAAUGUGGCGGGAUUAGAGGGUAUGAGUCGAUUGAAUACGCUUGAUUUGCGUAACAAUGAUAUCGAAUCCAUACCUCCCAUACUGGGCAAUCUAACCAACAUUACUCACUUGGAGCUGAUUGGAAAUCCAUUUCGGCAGCCGCGUCAUCAGAUCCUAAUCAAGGGCACAGAUGCCAUAAUGUCGUACCUACGUGACCGUAUACCCAUUUAAGUCUUGGGUGGGCGUGGCAACAUUUGGAAACGUAUUUAUUUAUUUUUAGCGCACUUUUUACAUUUUCUUGUUGUGUUAAAAUUUUGACAAAAAUGGCUUAACCAAAAUUAAAGUAGCGUCCACACACAGCACACACACCCACACAUACACACACACACCAUUACAAGUGUGUAUGCAUGUGUCUGAGUGUGUGUGCAAGUGUGUGGGUGCCAGACGCGCGUAGUACCUUGUACCAUUUUAACAAAUUUCCCUCGAGAAACUAGUCAGCGUUUGGCAACAACACACAACGCGCACCUUCGUUGGAAAAGCUUGCAAUAAAAUAUAGAGUAUUACAUGUUUACAGUAUGACUUUUA